AUGGAAGAUAUCAACGUACCAUUUUCUGAAGUACACUAUCUUACAGUUGAAAAACUCGGUAAUGUACCUGUAACCAAAGGUGAUUUCCAAACACUUCCUUCACAUGUUCAAAAAUGGCUUGCACAAAUGAUUCAAUUAUGUACACCACAGGAUGUACAUAUUUGUGAUGGAUCAACCGAAGAAGCUGAAAUAAUUACAAAACUAUUAGUUACUAAUGGUCAAUUAUCACCAUUACCAAAAUAUGAAAAUUGUUAUAUUUGUCGAACAGAUCCUCGUGAUGUUGCUCGGGUUGAAUCAAAAACAUUUCUUGUUACAAAGGAUAAACAUGAAUCAGUAGCACAUUCACGUGAAGGUACUAGCGGUGUUCUUGGUCUAUGGAAGUCACCUGAUGAAGCAAAAAAGGAUAUUAAUGAUCGAUAUCCAGGAUGUAUGCGUGGACGUACACUUUAUGUUAUUCCAUUUAGUAUGGGACCAAUAGGUUCACCAUUAAGUAAAAUUGGCGUGCAAAUUACCGAUUCAGCCUAUGUCGUACUUUCAAUGAGAGUUAUGACUCGUGUAGCAUCAGAAAUUUGGAAACAUAUUCGAAAUGGUGAAGAAUUUGUUAAAUGUCUCCAUACUGUUGGCAAGUCACCAAAUAUUGUUUUUUUGAAUUUUGAAUUAAAAAUUGUUUUCAUGUAUUUAGGUGUUCCUCUUCCGGCUGCGCAACCAAUUGUUAAUAACUGGCCAUGCAAUGCCGAAAAGACAAUGAUUCUUCAUUUUCCAGAUUCUCGAAAAAUCAUGAGUUUUGGAUCUGGUUAUGGUGGAAAUAGUUUACUUGGUAAAAAAUGUUUUGCUUUACGUAUUGCUGGUCGUAUCGCAUUUGAUGAAGGAUGGGUAGCUGAACAUAUGUUAAUUAUGUCAGUAACAAAUCCUAAAGGUGAAGAAAAAUUUAUUGCUGCUGCUUUUCCAUCUGCAUGUGGAAAAACAAAUUUAGCUAUGUUAACACCAAGUAUUCCGGGUUAUAAAGUUCAAUGUGUUGGUGAUGAUAUUGCUUGGAUGAGAUUUGAUAAAGAAACAGGUGAAUUACGUGCAAUUAAUCCUGAAGCUGGAUUUUUUGGUGUGGCACCUGGUACAAAUAUGAAAACAAAUCCAAAUGCAAUUUUAACUUGUUUAAAAAAUUCAAUAUUUACUAAUGUUGGUGAAACAGCUGAUGGAGGAUUUUAUUGGGAAGGUCUUGAAGAGGAAACUCCAGCUGGUACUCCAAUAACAUCAUGGACUGGUGAAAAAUAUAAAUUAGGAGAAGAUAAAAGUAAAAAGUCAAGUCAUCCAAAUUCCCGAUUCUGUUGUCCAGCUGCUCAAUGUCCAAUAAUACAUAGCAAAUGGGAAGAUCCAGCUGGUGUACCUAUUUCUGCUGUUAUUUUUGGUGGACGAAGACCAGAAGGUGUUCCAUUAGUUAUUGAAUCAUUUAAUUGGGCACAUGGAGUUUUUCUUGCUUCACAACUUAAAUCAGAAUCAACUGCAGCUGCUGAACAUACUGGAAAACAAGUUAUGCAUGAUCCAUUUGCCAUGCGACCAUUUGUUGGUUACAAUUUUGGAAAAUAUAUUCAACAUUGGCUUGAUUUUGAAAAGAAUCCAAAAAAUAAAUUACCCAAAAUCUUUCAUGUUAAUUGGUUUCGUUUGGAUGAAAAUAAUAAAUUCCUUUGGCCUGGUUAUGGUGAUAAUAUACGUGUACUUGAUUGGGUUAUUCGACGAGUUAAUAAUGAAGAUGUUGCUGACAAAUCAGCUGUUGGUCUUUUACCUAAAAAAGGUUCAAUUAAUCUUGAAGGUAUUAAUGUUGAAUGGGACAAAUUAAUGUCAUUACCAAAAGAAUAUUGGACUGGUGAUAUUGAUGAAACAUUACAAUGGCUUGAUGGUCAAUUAGGUGAUGAUUUACCAAAAGCUAUUCGUGAAGAAAUUCAAAAACAAAAAGAUCGUUUAUCUCAAUUACAUUAG